GUUAAUGUUAGCAAUACUUGGACAAUGCCGCAGGAAGGUCUAAAUGUGUUCUAUCGCUUUUUCCGUGACCGAAUAUCUUGGUUUGAGGCAGAUGCUGUUUGCCAAUUUCAUCAUGCUAAUUUGGUUACAGUUGACAACAGUUUUCAAUUCGAUGCAACGCGAGACCUUUUAAGGGAAUUGGAUGUGAACGACAUUGUUUGGAUUGGACUCAUGAGACCGCAGAGCUCGGAACGUUUUAUGUGGUCCAACUCACGUCCUUUAGUAACUGAUACUGGCUACUGGGCUGAGUCGCUACCCUUAAUGGAUGCGCCUUUGUGUGCCGUUAUUGAUCCAAUACGCGAUUAUCGUUGGCAUGCGUUAAGGUGCGGUGGUCCUGAAACGGCUUCAUUUUUAUGCGAAAUGCCAGUGCCAGCUUGGGCAGACGCUUGCAUAUUGAGGGAUAUGCCUAAUCUUACAAUGCAGUAUAUGGCAGACACGGCAAGCAUUGAACUGAUUCGAAAUUGUGAGGAAGAAGGCAUGCUUAAACAGACUUGCAAAGGCAAGCAGGAUCGAGAACAUGUAAUACGUGAACUUUUAUGUCCAAGAGAACGUUUAGAAACGCAACGUAUUAAUGAUAUAACGAAUUCUCAUUUCAAAUCUCUGCAAAUUAUUAAUAGUAUACGAACUGAUAACAAUGAGAACAAUGAUAUUGAGCUACUUCCACUGAAUCCCAAUUAUGGAUUGAAUAGUGAGUUUAUUGAACAAGUACCAACUGAGAAAAAUACAGUACAACGACUUAUUGAACAAUUCAAUGUCGAUGAACUUAUGCAAGCCGAUGAGCCCAGCUUUAAAAUACCAGGUGAGAUACCCAAACCAGUAAAGAAAUCUGGAAAAAAAGUGGUGAUAGCGAGUUCAUAUCCGAAGAAGGAGAAAACGCAAAAGUAUACGGAAACUGUAGAAAGUCGUAAAUCGAAAAAGGAACAAAAACUGAUUGACCUGGACGAUAUGAUGAUGGGCGAUCAACCACAUGGUGAACCAGAAUUGCAAGAACAUGCACGUGAUGAUGAAGUAUCAAAUGAAAUAAUGGAAUUAUUACCACACCAAAAGAAAAUUUUGCCCCAGGAUCUGAAAACAAUGCCAACAAUAACAGAAAAAUCGGUGGAAAAGUCAGAUGAAGAUAGUAAGAGCGAUGAAACAAAAUCUGAAUCAGAAAUUUUAACUACAGUUAAUGUGCCUAUCGCCACAACAACACUUACACCCUCAACAACAGCAUCAGCAAUGGUAACCAGCACAGAAGAAUCAAUUACAACAACCAAAACUGCUGCAAUUGGUACCACUGAACAAACAGUCAUAACAAAAGAAGCAACUUCUGCUACUACAACCGCGACCGUGAUAAACAGUCCAAGUACUACAGCACUUCCUGCAACCACUCUGCCACCUGCAACAAUCGGUCAUCCAAUGCAUCCUCAGCAGCCACGCAGCAAUAUAAUCACUGAGGAAACACAACAUCCACACGUUAAAGAGUCAGCAGAUAAUUCGCAUUUUAUACCUCCUAUGCUACUAGUGAAAUCACAUUAUGUUCCACCCACAAAGCAUGAGCACAGUCCAAGUGAACAUCAUAUCCAACAUGACAACACGGAAAAAUCACCAACAACAACCACUGUAACUGCUGAUAGCAGUGCAGCAGAACAACAAGGAUAUGCUACAACUGCUUCCGACAUGGCCGAAACAAUAACUACUACAGGCAAAGUAGCGACAGCAGAUGCAAUGACGACUGUAAUUAAACAAGACGAAACAACACCAAUAAGCAACGCACAAACAACACAAACAGAAAAUAUUGCAGUCAUUAAAAGCGAAGAACAAGCAACCAAUGCCAAAAUUAUAGACGCGGAAACGAGCAGAGCACAACAGCAGUUUGGCACUGGCAAAGACAACACAAACUUGAAACUAGCAGCCAACAACAAUACUACAACCGAUAAAUCUGUUGCUGCCCAAACAACUGCAACUAUUCUAAUGGCAACAACGGCAACAAAUUCAAAUCCCUCAGAAACAUUAAAACCAGCCCAAAAUAUGCCAACAAUUGCAGCUGCGCCAAAAGAAAUACAAAUUGAUAAGACAACUACAGUAAAUCAAGCGCAUGAGACCACAACAAUAAAAGUAUUUGAGCGCGAAUUGUCAGCAACUACAACACAGCAACAACAACAACAACAACAACAACAACAACAGCAACAACAGCAAAAAGAACAUGAACAAUUUGAAGAAAAAGUGCAGAAGCUUGAUGAAGCAAUAAAAACAACAGAAAUACCGGAAACUAAAAAAAUUCAAACUGAAACUUCCGUUGUAAAACAAGUUAAACCGGAAACAAUUGUUAUGACAACGGAUGCACCAAUUGCAACAACAUCAGCAUCCGAGACGAAAACAACAACACAAAUCAAAACAAUUUCCACUUCACAUACCAUAUCAGCAGCAACAAAUAUACCAAUUGUAGCAACAACUACAACAACACAACCAUCGACAACAACUACCAAGGCUCCAAUAACAACACCAGCGGUUGUGAAAACAACAACGACAACUAUUGCGCCAACAACUGUUGCUGCAGAUACUACGGAAAUACAAACCGAGACAGUGACACCAACACGAAAUUUCUUAAAGGAUGAAACUGAAACACCUUUCAAGCCGAAUCGUCGCCGCUCCCUAACAAAACCGGAAACCGUAAGCUACUUUAAGAAGCUUUUAGGUUAAGUUUAAAACAAUGGAAAAUCAUAGGAAGCAUUAGCAUUAAGAAGAAUGUAGAAUGUAGAAUGUAGGAUGAAGAAUGAAGAAUGAAGAAAGGUUUGAGAAAUUUAGAGGGCGUAAGUGAAGAGUAGCGAAAAUUGGUGAACAGAAAAAUAGUAGUGAAAAGUUAAAAUUGAAAUGUGAAUUGCGAUUCGUUUGCCAAAACCGAAAAAAAAAAAGUCGACAAAAGUUUUGCUAAAGUUUAAUAGAAAAGAAAUUUUUUCUUUUAGUUUAUAUUUGUAUUUGUAUUCGUAUUUGUAUCUAAAACUAAAACUGAAACUGAAUUUAUAAAAGUCCAUGUUUGGAAUGUCAAUUUGAAGAAGUUGAGUGGACGCAUUCAAUUAUGUCUAAGCACGGAUAUAUUUACUCAGCUAUUUGUCGUUAUUGUCGUUGUCUUAAGGUAACAAAAUUGCCAAAAUAAAAGUACUAAAGUUUUUAAUCGAUUUUUUAUUUUUGUUCCUUUUUCAAAAAUAUACAAAAAAAAUUAUAACUUUAUUUUAUUUACAAUGUGAACAGAUUUUAAAGAUAUAAAAAAAAAUAUUACAAAAAAUCAAAUAAAAAAAAUUAAAUCGUAAUAUAUUUGCCCUUUGCAAUAUCCAAUAUCCAUCAAAUGUUCUCUUGAUAGUCUUGUAGAAUUUUUUCCAAAAUAAAAUACAGAAAAAGGAUUUUUGUAUCGAAAAAAAUCGAAAGGAUUUAAAACACGCGCUUCCCCUUACAUCUGUACGUACACAAGCGCAGUUUGUUUUGAAAAAUUAAAUAAAAUUCAUUGAAAAACAUAUUUUAUGAUUUUAAUAUAUUAUAUUUAAUGAUGAUGUUUUUAAAAGGACAAACCAAACAGAAAAAUAAUUAAUUAUAUAAUAUUAUUGCAUUAAGAAAAUAUUGGAUUUAA